AUUUCAAAAUAAUUUAAAUCUAUUGUAAUGACACUAAUGACAGUUACAAAAAAGAAUAUUUAAAGAAUAAGUGACAUCUAUGAUUGAGAAGUGAAACUAAAUGUUUUAAGGGAAUUUUAGCCAUGCGCAUUUUAUAUUUAAAAUUGUAUGGCGGGAAUCGUGUACCCAACACAGAGACGUAGAGUACCGAAAAUAAAUCCCACUCGUUGUCGGAAAGUGUUCGCGUAAAGUGUUCUCACAAUAGAGCGAGUUCCGCGCGUUGGGCGCUCGUUUCGAGUCGUUUUCUUAAUUUGGAGUCGUGUGCACCGGCUACGUCUUUUGCUUAUUGUUAGUCAAAGAAAGAAAUCUAAAUAAGAGUAACGCUAAAAUAGCAGAGAAAAAAAAAUCAAAAUUCGAAUGAAAAUUUUGACAAUCGGACGUCGUUUUUCAUGGAUAAUGUCGGCGCACCGCGGGGAUUACAUGUAAAAAAGGAAUCAGCAGAAGAAGAUUUUAAGCAAUAUGCUGAAACUGCAAUGAACGAAUUAUUGGGUUGGUACGGAUACGGUGGUGCUACCAAAGAAGAUAUGAUGGUCAAAACAACCGUUAAUAGCCAUUCGAAUUCGAAUAGUAAUAAUAGUUCGGGUCCUUCUUCACCCUCACAAAGCGCAGAGGGAUGCGGUUGGUGUAGUAAAAUAGUGGAAGAAAAAACGGGAAUUUCCGUGGGGGCAUUAUCAUUUUGUUCGGAACUUUGUUUCUCGCAAUCACGAAGAGCCAAUUUUAAGAAGAACAAAACUUGCGAUUGGUGUCGUCACGUUCGCCACACAGUUUCUUACGUGGAUUUUCAAGAUGGUGCAUCUCAAUUACAAUUUUGUUCGGAUAAGUGCCUAAAUCAAUACAAAAUGCACAUAUUCUGCCGUGAAACGCGCGCCCAUUUAGAAAUGCACCCUCAUCUACCAAACGUUGAUAACGGAAGUGGUUUAAUCACGCCCGAUUUGUGGUUAAAAAAUUGUAAAUCCCCCGAUAGGGUCUCGAUAAGUCCACCUGCGACCUCGCCGAAAUCAACGUCGGUGUUUAAUCCGAGGGAAUUUUUACCGCAAACUUCAAAGUUACCUUUAAUAACGGUUGCGCACCCUUCGAAAUUAUUAGCACCAUCUACUUUAGAAGAAAAUAAUAAAAGAAAACGGACUCCUGUGCAACGAAAAAGAAAACGACCAAAUAACGUUUUAGAUUUUCCAAAAACAACGUCGAUCGAUUUACCGCAAGAUUUGAGAAUACGACAAUCGCCACCUUUAUCGUACGAAAAUCAAAAUGAUUUAAGUUUUCAAAACGAUAUUCGUGUUCCACCUCAAUUUAAUAAUCCUAAUAUUAACUCUAAUAAUUGUAUUAAUCAAAAUCCACCUUUACCAAAUACUACACAAAAACAAACUAAUCAAAAUAUCGUACCACCUGUAACAAUUCUAGUCCCUUAUCCAAUAAUAAUUCCAGUUCCGUUACCAAUCCCCGUACCAUUACCUAUUCAAUCAUUUCUCGAUGCCGAAAAAACUAGGAAUAAAACUAACACUGAUUUAAAAGACAUUUCUAGUCAUAACGACGAUAAUAAAGCGAAUAAUUUAAGUAAUAAUGAUGAUAAAACGGACGAAAACGAUGUUGUUGAUGUUGUGAAUGGAACUGAAGAUGUAAUUAAUAGUGAUAAUGUGGAAAAUGAGUCGAAUUCGACUCCUUUACCUCUUGAUAAUUCAAAUCUAGUUAAAGAUGAUGUAAAAGAUGAUUUAAGUAAUGGAAUUUCAAGACCUCUAAGGAAAAGGAAACGAAUUUUGGACGGAGGUAAUAAAAUUAUAUUAAAAAAUUCGAAAAAAUCCGUCCCGACGUAGAUCUUUCUUUUUUAAUUAUAGA